GAUUUCUUUUGCUAAUACAAUAGUGUAUAUGCAAUAUGCAUGAUUGAAAAGAGUUUUCCGAGCGUGUCCAUCGAGAAAAUUACUACUUUUCAAACGGAUAAGACUCACCAAAUUACGGAGACUUCACGUUCGACCGUUCAUAUAUAUUUUGCAAUUUUCUUUUUUUCUAAUAAGUGUAAUUUGUUAAUAACGUCUUGGUUAUUGGCAUACGCUUUUUCCUUGCUUUCCCUUUCCAUUUAAACGAAUUGGAAAUAAUAUUCUCGCAAGUGAAGAAAAUAAAUUGUAAUAAAGAAUUUGGAAUGCUUUAGAAUCACUUAAUUUUAAUGCAAGGUCAGCCUCUUCUUGACAAGUAUUUGGGCAUUUUAACUUGUUUCAAAUUUUUAACAUUCCAAUCGCACACGAUUAAGAAAUGUUCUCGAUUAUAAUACUAUGUCAAUAAAAUGUUACGUAUUCGUAUAUACUAUAUACUAUAUAUAUAUAUAUAUAUAGUAAACGGAUUUCCAGUUAUAAAAUUAACAUAUUUAAAGCUUAAGAAUUAUACUUCAAUUUGCUGAGAUACUUAAGAGCUGUUGCAUUAUUAAUAAAGAAAGCACAUUGCUCGCGUAUUAGUUGACCUUUGGGUUUUCUCAUCUUUAUGUCUCGAUACAAAUGAUUCUACAACGGCGCGCGUAGCGGCUUAAUAAUUUAUGCAGUUCUCGAGCAUGAUAGUAUCAACGUUAAUAUUCGAUGCAUUUAAUACCGAUCUCGAAUUGCAAAGUAAUCUUGUAUUUAAGGCGUAAGUGAUAUAUUUACGCCUUUGUAGAUUAUCAUUGACUCAACGAUUAUAUGUGUAAGUGCGGUUUGCAAAAUGAUUUCUUCAAAGUGUGUCUUCGCUAGCUUGGCAGCUGGAUCGAUACUCUUGAAUAUCAAUAAUGAACAUGCAUAUAUACAGUUAUAAAUAUAAGUUAUCGACUUUCCGGCGCACGCGGGGUAAAUCAAUAAUCAUUACCACCUUCAAAAUGUCAAAAUUGAGAUUUCAUUUGAUACAGUUUAAAAUUAAAUUAUAUUAAUAUUAACUCGUACUGUAAUAUCUUCUAUGUCAUCGGUGAUUAAAUAACGUCCAUCAUUCGUUUGACUAAUCUGGCACAGCUUUAUUAAAAAUAAUAAUACAGCGUGGCGUUUCGAGCUGGGCGUUUUCCGGUCCUUGUCAAAGGUAUCUAAACGAUACAAACCGGAAAGCGGCUCGAAACGAUAAUAAGGAUCCAAUCGCCGUUAAAUUAUAUUGCUGCUUAAAAAAUAUAUAUAUAUUAAAAUAUAUUAAAAAAUUAAUGAUACACUUGUAAAAUUGGAACUGUUCCUUCUCAACUGUAACAUCAUUCCUCUCCAAAAUCGAAGAUUUCGGCGUUUCUCACGUUUCUUUACGCGCGCGAAUAUCACUUCGGCCGAACCUCUCACUCGAAUCGCAGAGAUAGCGGCGUGAUUCGCAUUAAUAAACCCCGCGUACAUACGAUCGACUGUAGGAGAUCGGCGUGGUGGACGGACGAGGGAGAGGUGGUAGAGCGAGAUAGUCCGGACUAAGUGUGCGAGCGAUCGAAGUGACGGUAGAACGAGAGUUGAGAACUGGGCAUGCAACCUGUGCACAUUCUGCCGGUGCCUGGGCAUACAAAGUACCGAUGGUAGAAGAGGGCAGCCUUCGGCCUCUUGACGUUGAGUGACACGGGGCAUCCCCGCGAGAAUCUCCGUCCGCUCUCGGUCUUCCGCGCGAGUCCUCCUCGAGAUCGCGAUGCCGACGGUCGGCGACAUUUAAGCCCGUGAUCGACUGGAGGCAGAUCGAUUCGCGCUUUGGGGAAGACCGAACGAAAUCUCUGACGCUGCCGAGUAGCGAAGGUGUGCUAUGCCGAUUCGUGCCGACGACGGCGUCGCGGUGUAACGGGCACGCACGAGGUUUUCAGCAGAAUCGACGUGAUCGACGCGCGCGUCGUCGCAUCGCUUCCGGGACGACGGCAUCGCCGAAGGCAGAAUGAAGCUCGACCUCUUCGUCACGUGCGUCACGAUUCUGCCGGCAUUAUUGAUCACCGCGUCGACGCGCGAGAUAAACGCUGUCCCGACGGAAAACGUGAAGGCAGCCGAGAACGUGAGCGAUUACGCCCAAGUUCUCGAGCUCUCGCUAUUGUUUUACGAAGCGCAGCGGUCUGGAAAGCUGCCGAAGAACAACAGAAUUUCGUGGCGCGGCGACUCCGCGCUGUGCGAUCGCGGCUCGAACGGCGAGGACCUAACUGGAGGAUACUACGAUGCUGGUGACUUCGUUAAGUUCGGCUUCACGAUGGCUUUCACGACGACGCUCUUGGCCUGGGGAGCGGUCAAUUGGCCGGAGGCUUACGACGCCGCCGGUCAGCUCGACGAAGUUCGUAGUGCUAUCAAAUGGUCCACCGAUUACUUCAUCAAGUGUCACGUAAGCGAGAACGUUCUGUACGGGCAAGUGGGCGAUUUUCCCGUCGACCAUAUGUUUUGGGGAAGACCCGAGAAGCUGAACACCACCAGGCCAACUUACAAGAUUGAUGCCGAACACCCCGGUUCCGAUCUCGCCGGCGAAACGGCCGCGGCCCUCGCGGCCACGAGCAUCGUCUUCAGCGACGUCGAUCCCGAGUACAGCGCCAAGUGUCUCGAGCACGCGAAGGGCCUGUACAGAUUCGCCGACGUUUACCGUGGGCUUUAUCACGAGGCGAUACGCGGCGCCGAGCGGUACUACGAGAGCACGGAUUACGGCGACGAGCUGGCGUGGGCUGCGAUCUGGCUCUUCAAGGCGACCGGGGACGUGAGGUACUUCGAGGACGCGGUACAUCACUAUCAGCAUUUCCAUCUCAAGGAGCGACCGAACGCAUUCUUCUACAACAAAAAGGUCGCCGGGAUCCAGGUGCUGCUGGCCGAAUUGACGGGACUGUCCGAGUACCAGAACGCCACCCGCGCGUUCUGCGACUUCUCGGUGCGGCAGCAAAAACGCACGCUGAAGGGCCUUCUGUUCAUCGACAAGACAGGUACUCUUGGCCACGCCGCUAACGUGGCCUUCGUCUGCCUGGUAGCGGCGGACACCCCGGAAAUCGGCGACUCGCAGGAAUACCGGCAAUUCGCCAAGGAACAAAUUGACUACAUGCUGGGCGGAGCGGGGAGAAGUUACGUGGUCGGUUACGGCAGGAAUUCACCGAGGCAGCCGCACCACGCCGCGUCUUCCUGCCCCGAUAGACCGGCGCCCUGCGGGUGGCAGGAAUUCAGCAAGAACGCGCCGAAUCCGCAGAUCCUCUACGGCGCUUUAGUCUCCGGACCGGACGAGAUGGAUUUGUUUAAAGAUUACCGCGAGGAGUACGCCUAUACGGAGGUCACGCUGGACUACAACGCUGGUUUCACCAGCGCGCUCGCCGGACUGCUGCAGCUGCAAUUGAAGAGCGCGGAUAGAAAAUCGCCAGUAGAAAAUUAAUAGUUUUAUUGGCCCGUAGGCGAAUUUUCAUGUAGGAACGAGGCUGAUUCUCCAUGGAACACAAAAGGACUGUUUAAUAGUCAAGAAUUCUCUUUUUAAUAUAAAGAAUUGCUUUUUUGAUGUAAUUUUACAAGACUUAUAAUAUUAAUUUUAUAUUACGUUACAAAUCUAUAUUAUAUAGAUUAUACAUUGUUAAUACACCACAAUACUGCGAUAACCAAGCGUGAUAUAGUGUUGAAAUAAUAAGUAUAUAAGUUGAAAUGCAUAAUGUAAUUUUUUUAAUUAAACUUACAUAGAAUAUUACGAUAUUUUACUCAAUAAUCAAUAAUUUAAUUAAUAUUCAUUUAAACGUAAAUUAAUUGUGUCGAAGAAAUUUUAUAGAUAACAUGCGAGCGUCGUGACAGCGUGUUCGCAUGUAAAUAAAACGUCAUUUUGUUUUAAA